UCUCAUGGCCAUUUUAUUAAAAUGUAGUUGUAGUUUCUGAAUCUCCGUCUCUGUCGUCGUUCCUGGCAUGGAUAGCCGUUUGCUGAACCGCGAUAAGCUUACUAAAAGGAUGACGGGCUUUUUUCCCCUCCAAGAUGCUCCAUGCUGUACAAUUCAAGGAUACGUAAGUAAUGCGCUAUCCUGAGGACAGUCUAAUAGGACUGAUAAAGGCCCUUAACAACUCGGACAACGAGCGAGGGCUAAGUUUAGGCCAGGGCCCGUUAACUAUUUCUUGUUAUAACCAUAAAACAAUUAAAUACUCCUAGAUCAAUCUUUGUUUGUAGAAGGAUUAUAUGACACGUGGAAGAAAUUGGUUGGCCCUAUAUAGAUAGGGGAUAUCAAACGAAGGGCUAGCUAUCAGUAUGGUGUGAUUCUGGACCAACGGUAUUAAUCUGUAAAUUGUUUACAGAGUAUAUGAAAUAAACUAGUACCCUUUGGAUCCAACUGCCAUUGUAGCAAAAUCACUCUGCUUUAGCUAUUCUCUCUUUUUCCCAGUCGAAGGAAUAUGGCAACAAUCUCUGCUAGCACCCCUACCUCAUCAAUCACCCGUGCAGCUCUUGUACACAAGGCAUCACCAAGGGUUGCAUCCCCAGUUGCCAUUGGUUUGCCGACAAUGGCAAAGAAAGGGAAAGUGAUGUGUUCCAUGAAGAAUAAGCCUUCUACACAGGAGAAUGGCUCAAACAUGAGCAUGAGUGCAUCGUUGCUGGCAGCAGCCUGUGCAGCUACCAUGUCAAGCCCAGCCAUGGCUCUGGUGGACGAUAGAAUGACCACUGAAGGAACAGGACUUCCUAUUGGUUUGAGCAACAACCUUCUUGGCUGGAUCCUGUUUGGUGUAUUCGGCCUGAUUUGGGCACUUUACUUUAUUUACACUUCCUCCCUCGAAGAGGACGAGGAGUCUGGAUUGUCGCUCUAAGCCGAACCUUACUUCCUUCUGGUGUUGUUCAUUGCAAAUAUCACGGUCAAAGGAAUGUAGAAAAUCAAAAGAGUUUGGCUUUACUAUCUUCUUGUAAAACUAUCUUCUCCAUGUCCAAUGUGCAUUCUUAUAAUAUUUUUUGGACAAAUGCUUCUCUUCAUAAAUUUUCUGACUUCCGCCUCAAUCUCCAUUGUUUCUUCAUUGAUGUUCGAUUUGGUUAACAUGAACAUGGAUAUAGGAGAGAACAACUGAGAAUUUGUGG